AUGGCCUGGCAAACCCCCAAUUGCAUCGUCCAGGCGAUGCAAUCCGUCCGCCGGACGGCUCAAUUGCGGCCUGUCCUCCGUGCCCCGAAGCUCUCCUCCGCCUCUCCCCUGUCCUCCAUCCCCCAGCAACGAAAAGACACUCGCGGUUAUGCCACCGAGGCUGUGGCCGCUCGCGAGAUCGACUUUGAGAAGUUCAGAGCGCGCCCGGCGCGGAUUGUUCCCGCCUCGGCCGCCUACUUCACCGGCAGUCCGAAAUUCAUCGACCACCUGCUGCGGUUAGAAACCAUGCUGGCUAAGUCCGCGGCCAUGCCGACGGUAGCGCCGGCCGACGCUCCUCGCAAGGCAUGGCUCAAGUUGCCUCAAUUCCGCGACUUUGUCGGGGAGAACGUGCCCACGAAAAAAUACAAGCACCUCGUGAAGCUUCUGCAACGACUCAAUCGGAUCGACCCCUUGGUGAUUCCGGCGGAAAUUAAAACCACUUUGGAUUCGUUCGUUCGUCCGGGAAAUCCUUACGCGAACAAGCCACUUCCGCCGACGGUGGAUGAGAUGGGCCGGGCCCGGGGUCGAGGAAAGCGAAAGGAAUCUUCGGCCGUGGUUCAUCUGGUCGAGGGAGAAGGUGAAGUUCUGGUGAACGGCAAGAAUCUGCUCGAGGCAUUCCCUCGGGUGCAUGACCGAGAGAGUGCGACGUGGCCCUUGAGGUGUACGUCGAGACUGGAUAAGUACAACGUGUGGGCGACCGUCCGCGGAGGAGGAGUUACCGGACAGGCCGAGGCUAUUACUUUGGCGCUGGGACGGGCACUGUUGGUUCAGGAACCCGCUCUGAAGCCCGUCUUGCGGAAAGGUACGUUAUUUGUUUGCUUUUUCCUUCUCUCCUUCUUUGGUCUUUUGUGCUAA